UCUAUGUGAUUUAUCUCCAAAUAAUUUUAUUAACACGACAUCCUUUGAAGUUGUUCAACCAUCCUAUGGCUAUAGAAAUACAAAUGAAAUUUGCGGCCAAAAUGUAAAAACCACAAUUUAUGUAGAACAAGAACAACAAGUAACAAUAGAUACUUCCCUUGUGAGAUUGACAGGCCGUAUCCCUGAACGCGGGUUAUUUUCAGAAUUGAUGGCAAAUGAGCUACAAGAUGUUGGAUUUAGUUUGAAAAAUAUUCCAGAAUACUCAACAGGCAAUACACGUGAUUAUCUCAAAGAACAAACUAAACGUACAAACCUUUGUAUUAAAUGUGGCGCAAGAAGUGGGCUAACGAAAGGUACCUUAUGUGUUAGCGGAAUGGCUGCUAGGUGUCGCGAUGUACGCCUAAACCUAACAAACCCGCCAACACAGAACACAUGCCUCUAUCUGUCACAACUAGAAAUAUUUGGAAUACCACAAAAACCUUUUGCAGUUUCGGGAGACUCUGGAGCUCUUGUUUUUCAGGUAGAUCCUCGAAAUAGUGCAGAAGAAGACGAUCAAUUAUAUUGUAUUGGAAUGAUAGUUGGUGGAACUUCUUAUUAUUCAACCGUUGUCAUACCCAUUGAACCAAUUCUAAAAGUAUUUAAUGUAAAGAUGCAAACGUUCCCAGUAGAACCGAUGGAAUCGUGAAUCAAUAAAUGUCCAGUUGAAAUAGUAGAAUCCUCAAGCAAUAAAAUCGGUGCAUGGGUUAGAAUCGAAAAGAAAGUUCCUUCUCAUGGUAAAGAGAAUUUUCAUUUAAAAAUGCAAAUCGAUUUUCAGUGGCCAUUCAGUUUUUGAAUGGAAGGUGCAUGUUAUUGUUUUAUAUCAGUUCACUUUUUGC